GUCACACCAUCCUCCAUGUUCACGGGGCUUGGCCCAGUACUGACUCUAAGGUGUGGCGUGUGGAGCCUUGCGUCGGCGUCUCCAGUGCUCCCGUCACUCUCAAGCUUCAAUCAUCACAAUCUGAAGCUGUCUUUAAGGGACGCCCACGACAUGGAGACCUACCAACGAUUCGUAUGUUUACUUCUGGCGGUGUUCCUGUGUGUGGAAGGUGAUGUUGCUGAUGAAUCAGUGAACUGGGACGACCUGAGUGACCCGAGCUGUCCCAGCGCAGGUGAACUGUCUCCUUGUGUCUGUUUUGUCCUCUCAAAGUCUGCAUAUCUGGACUGCUCAGCGGUGGAGAGCGAGGAGGAACUGGCCGAGGUGUUCUCUAGAAACGUGGCGUUUCCCCCCUUUAAGAAGCUGACCAUUGAAAAUAACACGCACCUGAAGGUGCUGAGAGCCGGGGCUCUAGGCAACGUCUCCUUCGAAGAAGUGUUCAUUCACGGUGGCGUUCUGGAGGAGGUGGAGAACGGGUCUCUCUCCGCCAGCUAUUCUACCGCACUCAAACUCAACUUCGGUUCCAACUACCUCACCUCGUUUAACUUCGACGAUAUUCAAUUCUUCACGCGACUUCAGGAGAUAGUCCUGGAUGACAAUAAACUCUAUGAACUGCCGCACAUUUCGUCCAAUUCGCUGACUUCUCUGAGUAUUGGCAAGAACCCGCUGUCAAGCCUCUCCAACACGGCCUUCGCCGACAUGCCAGAGCUGCGUGCUGUGUCCAUCUUCGACACUGGACUUAAUAACUUGUUUGAAGGAACGUUUGUUGGCCUGGCCAACCUGACCUGGCUCGACCUCUCUGGGAACGAGCUGACCCACCUGCACAUCGAGGCCAUCCAAGUGAGGGUGUUCGGGGCCUCCAUCCACCUCGACCACAACAGCAUCUCCGUCGUCCUCCCAGGCGGCGUCACCGGUCUCAAGGGCGGCUUCGUGUAUCUCUACAACAACAAGAUCAGCGUCUUGGAGGAGGAGGUCUGGCGGGCCGUGCUUGAGGAGGGCAACACACUCGACUUCAAGUACAACCCCCUGGCCUGCGGCUGCGACAUUGCUUGGCUCGUCAGGAACACGACGCUCCUGAAGUUCGUGGACAGCAUGACCACUUGUGAGAACGGGGACCUCUUGGCGGACCUUGAUCCGGCGUACUACGCCGAGGUGUGCUAGUCCCUCCUCCCACUCUACCGGGCCCCCAACACAGGGAGUCAACAGCAUCAUCACUCGUAACCAAUCGCUUGAGUCAAUUGCUGCAAUCAAUCGCAAUCAUCUGCCACGAUAAAGUAUCAUCAGUGGACGAUUCUCUGUGCUUCAGAGGGCGUCUUCUAGGAUAGUCUGCAUCAUCCUUUAAAUUGGGACUAAACUUUCACGUUGCAUUAACUAUGAAUCAACAAAAGAUUGGUAUGCUAUCAUGGUCAUUUGGGAGGGACGCUGACGGAGUGGUGCUAUUGGCUGGUAAAUGAUAUCAACAUGAUAGCUAUCUUGUCACUAGAACAUCAACAUGCGGUCAUCAUCAACGAGGAACACUGACACACAUUUUACCAUCAUUGACAAUGAUCGUUAUCAUUCUAGGUAAUACGAUCACCGGAGAACACCAGCAUGCUCGCGGCUACGGCCACCAGAGAAAAUUCGCAGGUGUCCAGCGUUUCCAACUCUCUGUUAUUUUAUUUCUCUCUCUUAUUCUAUAUUUAAUAUGUCUCCGUUUUCAACAGCGUGUCCAACUCUCUGUUUACCCUGGCGAUGUUAAUCUCCCCCCCCCCCUCCACCCUCCCGGCAGAGUUGGACUUUGUGUCUGAUGAUAAACUCUGACAGUGAUUAAUACACUGAUGCUGUUAUUCCUGUUAAUAAACUUCAUACAAUUUUGAAAAUAUA